AUGGGGGGUGGUGAUGUGCAGGUGCGGACGCACGCGCAGGGCGGCGCCGAGGAGGCUUCGGCGGGCGCCGGUGGUGGCGCCGCCGCGGAGGCGGCGGACUACUCGCUGGCGGCCAUCAUCCUCCCGUUUGUGUUCCCUGCAUUGGGUGGUCUCCUUUUCGGAUAUGACAUUGGAGCAACUUCGGGAGCGACCAUAUCUGUGCACUCUGCUACUCUCAGUGGUACCACUUGGUUCGACCUCUCUUCCGUGCAGCUAGGGCUUGUGGCGAGUGGUUCACUUUAUGGUGCUCUUGGUGGAUCAAUUCUCGCAUACCGCAUUGCAGAUUUUCUAGGCAGAAGAGUAGAAUUGAUAACGGCAGCUGGAUUAUAUAUUUCUGGUGCUUUGGUCACUGGAUUUGCCCCUAAUUUUGUAGUUCUGAUCAUAGGUCGUCUCCUUUACGGAAUUGGCAUUGGUUUGGCAAUGCAUGGUGCUCCUCUUUAUAUUGCAGAGACUUGUCCUCCACAAAUACGUGGAACAUUGAUAUCCUUGAAAGAGCUGUUCAUUGUCUUAGGAAUACUGUUUGGAUACCUCGUAGGGAGCCUUGAAAUUGAUGUUGUAGGAGGAUGGCGGUACAUGUUUGGUUUUGGUGCUCCGCUGGCAGCUAUAAUGGCUCUUGGUAUGUGGACUCUACCACCUUCACCUAGAUGGCUGCUUCUAAGGGCAGUGCAAGGAAAAAGUCCUGUGGAAGACAACAAAAAGAAAGCAAUACAAGCCCUGAGAAGACUGAAGGGCCCGUCAGCAAGUGACAAGGUUUUGACAGAUGAGGUCGAAAAUAAUCUCGCCUCAAUUAGGGCUGCCUAUGCAGAUCAGGAAUCCGAAGGAAGCAUUUUCCAAGUAUUCGAGGGAGCAAGCUUGAAGGCCUUCACUAUUGGAGGAGGACUGGUUCUCUUCCAACAGAUAACAGGCCAGCCAAGUGUUCUAUACUACGCAACCUCCAUUCUUCAGACUGCUGGGUUUUCAGCUGCAUCUGAUGCUGCAAAAGUGUCGAUUUUGAUUGGGCUGUUCAAGUUUCUAAUGACAGGUUUUGCGGUGUUUAAAGUCGAUGAUCUUGGAAGGCGGCCAUUGUUGAUAGGAGGAGUUAGUGGAAUUACCAUCGCACUGUUGCUUCUAGCAGCAUACUACAAGAUUCUGAAUGGCUUCCCUUAUGUUGCUGUUGGUGCUUUGCUUCUAUACGUUGGCUCUUACCAGGUGUCGUUUGGUCCAAUAAGCUGGUUGAUGGUCUCUGAGAUCUUCCCGCUCCGAACAAGGGGACGCGGAAUCAGCCUGGCGGUACUUACAAAUUUUGGCUCAAAUGCGUUGGUGACAUUUGCCUUCUCGCCCUUGCAGGGGUACCUUGGCCCAGCCAACAUCUUCCUUCUGUUUGCAGCCAUAUCGGUGCUCGCCCUUGUGUUUGUCAUCCUCAUCGUUCCAGAGACCAAAGGGCUGAGCCUGGAGGAUAUCGAGUCUAAGAUCCUGAAGUGAAAACCCACUCGGUGUAAAGCUCUUCAUGCUGAUUUUGUUUGUGUACGUAGUCCCUCCGUACUAAAAUAAUUGUUGCAACUUUAUCUGAAUACGGAUGUAUCUACGAUUAAAAUAUCUAGACAAAGUUGUGACACUUACUUUAGAACGGAGGUAGUAUGUAAGUUGAUAUAGCUGUACAUGCAUCUGUAGUUCUACUACUAGUGACGACCACGCUUACACGGCCUCAUGUUCGUUCAUGCGUGUAACUCUGAUGUUGCUGUUAACAGUAUAUAUGUAAAUGUAUAUCUAUCGUUAAAAGGAAAGUCAAAUCGCCA